AUGGCAGUUUUUAGCCUCACUGCCUCUGACCCUUCAACAUUCAUCCUAAUGGGCAUCCCUGGCCUGGAAGAUGCUCACAUCUGGAUUUCCAUUCCUUUCUCUAUGUUCUACAUUAUCGGCUUGUUGGGAAAUUUCACGGUUCUGUUUGUUGUAGGGAAAGAGCAGACCCUGCACAAGCCAAUGUAUCUGCUGCUCUGCAUGCUGGCACUCACAGACAUCAGCACAUUGAUUUCUAUCAUGCCGAAGGCACUGCAUAUAUUUUGGUUCAAUUUGAAAGGCAUUACAGUGGGUGGCUGCCUGACCCAAAUGUUCUUCCUUCACACAGUUUCUAUUAUGCACUCUGCCGUCCUUGUGACAAUGGCCUUCGAUCGCUAUUUUGCCGUAUGUAACCCUCUGAGAUAUGCCUCCGUAAUCACCAACGUACGAAUAGCUAAACUAGGGCUUGUGGGUUUAAUAAGAGCUGUUCUCUUAAUUCUGCCAAUGCCCUUGCUCCUGAGCAGACUGCCUUUCUGUGCCAAUCACACUAUCCCCCAUACAUACUGCGAGCACAUAGCUGUGGCAAAGAUAUCAUGUGGGGACAUCACAGUGAACAGGAUGUAUGGCUUGGUUUUGGCAUUUGUAGUCAUCGGGUUAGACCUGACGCUCAUUGCACUGUCCUAUGGUCUGAUUAUCAAAGCCAUCCUCAGAAUCUCAUCCAAGAAAGCCCACCAGAAAGCUCUCAACACCUGCACAGCCCACAUCUGUGUGAUGAUGAUGUCUUAUCCUCCCAGCCUCUUCUCCACUCUAACACACCGAUUCAGUAAGGGCAUCGCUCCCCACAUUCACAUCAUCUUGUCAAACCUCUAUUUCCUCAUCCCCCCCAUGCUUAAUCCUAUCAUUUAUGGGGUCAAAACCAAAGAACUUCGUGACAAAUUGGGUAAAUACACCUUCAGAAGGUGAUCGCCUCUGGCCACUGACUUUAACCUGCAUAACAAGAGUGGGAAAGGACAUCUCCUCAUUAAUCA